AUGUCCGCCAAAUCCAGAUGGGCAAAUGAAGAUCCAGAAACAGAGGCAAUUAUCGCGCAACAAAAACGCGAAAAGGAGGAAAAGCGACGCGCUAAAGCGGAGAAGCAGCGACAACUUGAAGCAAGAAAAGCCCAAGCUCAGCAAGACGCCGACUCCCAACCCCCCAAUGGCGAGCCAGGGCCCCCUAAAAAGCGACGAAGGCUCUCAAAUGAUCCCGAUGCUGCUUCAGACCAUGCGGCGGUAGCGAAGAUUGAGCAAGAACAGAGGCAACAGCCGACGUUGUUGCGCUUUCCGGUUGGAGAAUGGGGGCCUUGCAGGCAUGUGGAUAACUUUGAAAAGCUUAACCACAUCGAAGAAGGCUCAUAUGGAUGGGUUUCGCGGGCGAAAGAUAUUUCAACAGGGGAGAUUGUGGCAUUGAAGAAGCUCAAGCUAGAGAACUCGCCGGACGGGUUCCCGGUCACUGGGCUACGGGAAAUCCAAACACUUAUGGAGGCGCGUCAUCAAAACGUUGUCUACCUGCGCGAAGUGGUGAUGGGCAACAAAAUGGACGAUGUAUUCCUCGUGAUGGAUUUCCACGAACACGAUCUUAAAGCUCUACUCGACGAGAUGCGCGAACCCUUCCUUCCUUCUGAGAUCAAAACCGUCCUGCUGCAGGUGGUAGGAGGGCUCGAAUUCCUACACUCACAAUGGAUUAUACACCGCGAUCUGAAAACCUCCAACUUGUUGAUGAACAACCGAGGCGAAAUCAAGAUCGCCGACUUUGGCAUGGCCCGGUAUUACGGCGACCCACCGCCCAAGAUGACGCAGCUCGUUGUGACACUCUGGUACCGCUCGCCGGAGCUUCUCCUCGGCGCCGACAAAUACGGCACAGAGAUCGAUAUGUGGAGCAUUGGAUGUGUUUUCGGUGAACUGCUCACUAAAGAGCCUCUCCUGCAGGGCAAGAAUGAGGUGGACCAAGUUUCCAAAAUCUUUGCCUUAACUGGGCCGCCGAAUUCCCAGACCUGGCCAGGCUUCCGCUUGCUACCCAAUGCCAAAUCCCUGCGCCUGCCACCGACAUCGACAAUUUCUUCAGCCGGCAAUCCGCCCCUGUUGCCUCGCUCCCGAUUCCCUUACCUUACUAAUGCAGGUUUGAGCCUCAUGUCAGCAUUGCUGGCGUUGAAUCCGGCCUCACGUCCGACGGCAAGACAAUGCCUCGAUCACCAAUACUUCAAAGAAGAUCCUCGUCCUAAACCGCGAGAGAUGUUCCCUACGUUCCCAUCCAAGGCGGGCAUGGAGAAACGCAGACGCCACCAGACGCCUGAGGCGCCUAAACGAGGGCAAGAAGCACCCGAGCUGGACUUUGCGGGUGUCUUUGGUGGUGCUCCAGGUGGAGAUACUGGGGAAGUAGGGGCUGGAUUUAGUCUUCGACUAGGAUAG